CAAAAGAAGCAAAACAUCUAAAAAGAAAUGCUCAAAGAGCAACGUGACAACAACAACAACAACAACAGCAGGGUGUGCAAAAAAUAAAAUAAAAAAAACAAGUAAGAAUUGAAAUUUAGGCCAAAAGCGGAUUACGAAAAUUGUUGCUGUUGCUAGCAAGUAACAACAACAACAACUACCACGACAACAACAACAACAGGCAGCAUAAAAGGAAGAUUUUGUCCACACAAAGCAGAAGGCAAUGCGUGGGCCGAGGGACGCCUCUCCAUUCUGGCAUGCUGAAAAGGGCCAUAAAAGUGCAAAUAAACAUGUAAAAGGACAUUAAGAUUCCCGUGGUAGCAGCAGUACAACAACAGGACAUGCCUGCGAUUUGAAAGCAAGCCGAGAAUUCAACCAACGGCUGAGCCACACACAUCCAUAUAAAUGCCAGCUGAAAUGUGCUUUUUAUGGGACAAACUCGAAGUCAAAGCGAACUAAAGACGCGUUGGCGCUUCAUUAAAGUCAAAAGCGGAAACAGCAACGGAAACGGAAUUUGCCAACAACAGCUCUAACAAAACGACAACACACACACACACACACACAUGCACACUCUCAUACACCGAAUCUGGGAUUCUGUCUAUUAGCGUCAGGGUCACCACAUGUAUUGUGGCCAUUUAAGUUGGUAUACGAAUUUUGUUGCUUUGACUGUUUGGCUAAAUUGAAGUUUGCUACAUAAAUGACGGGACGUUUCUGCGUUCGAGCACAACGCAAUGACUACAAUGCAGUUUUCAAUAACAUCACACAAAACAACAAAAAUGCAACUCAACUUGUCAACAACAGAAACAUUCUCAAAAUCGCAAAGGCAACAACAACAACAACAACAAAUAGAACAACAACCGAGGCAGCGACACAACACACAUCGAAAAUCAAGAACACGAAAGCUGCUGGACUCUGGGAAAACGGUUUCAAUACUCGCUGCGAUGAUGUUGUUGCUGUUGCUGCUAUUCUUGCAGCCGGAAGCGACACGAGCGGAAGAAGAGUCACAGGAUUUUCAAAAGAACAUACCCGCACGCUUGGUUUGGGCCGCACCCGGCAAGACCGUGGAUCUGCCCUGCGACUUGACGCCGCCCACGCCGCAGGACUCGGUAAAAUUGCUGCUUUGGUUCAAGGACACCACCGGCAUACCGCUGUACAGUUUGGACUCGCGCGGGGGCAAUGUGAAGCUGGCGCCACAUGCGGCCAUAGCUAGCGAUCUGGGUCAGCGUUUGUUCUUUAGCAUUGGCGACAAUCCCAAGGAUUCUCGACUGCAAAUCAAAGAUGUGAAGCCAGAGGAUGGCGGCGUUUACCGCUGCCGCAUUGACUUUUUCAACUCGCCCACCCGUAAUUUUAGGCAUAACUUAACACUAGUUGUUGUUCCCGAGGAGCCACGCAUCUUUGAUGCCCAGGGCAAGGAAAUCUCCCAAUUGGCUGGUCCAUUUCGCGAGGGCUACGAGCUCUUUCUCUGCUGUCAAGUGCGGGGCGGUCGACCACCACCGAAGGUUACCUGGUGGCGAGAUGGCCACGAAAUGAUCGGCACCAGUCACACCUCAGUCGAGGAGGGUGCCACAGUGAUGGUGAAUCAACUGCUCAUUGGGACCACGACGCGGGACUAUUACGGAGCACGCAUCGAGUGCCGGGCACAGGGCACACGUCUCCUCGAGCCAGUCACCAAAGAUGUCACCGUUCAGGUGCACUUGAAACCUGUACGUGUGAAGAUUAUAACACCUAAUGAUUUGCUCACUGCCGGCCAUCCGAUUGCCAUCAGGUGCGAAUCGUGGGGCUCGUAUCCGGCGGCCAAGAUUAGCUGGCUGCUUGAUGGCGAGCCCAUACGCAACGCUGAAGUCACCGUCCACAACGACAAGGAGGAUGCCAACAUCACAACGAGUAUAUUGACGGUGAAGGUAACAUCGGAGAACGACAAUGCAGAGUUGACAUGUCGCGCAACGAAUCCUUGGUUCUCCGGCGGCGCCAUCGAGGACAAGCGUAUUAUACGUGUGGCAUAUCCGCCUACCGUGUCGGUGCACUUGGCCAAUGAGGAUCCCAGCCGUAUGGUAACACGUGCCGAGGGCCAAAAUGUCACGUUCAAAUGCCGUGCGGAUGCGAGACCACCGGUCACCAGUUACUCCUGGUUCAAGAACGGCAUGCGUAUGUCUGGCGAGAGCACGGAAAUCAUGCACCUGACACAACUGGAGCGGGAGAGUGCGGGCGCAUAUGCCUGCGGGGCGACCAACACGGAGGGGGAGACGCGGAGCUCAAGCCUCACUCUGAAAGUACAGUUCUCGCCACGUUGUAAGCCGGGUACCGAACAGACAUCCAUUGGAGCCAUCAACAUGCACUCGAUACAAGUCAGAUGCGAGGUGGACGCCGAUCCGCCAGAAACUGUCCGAUUUAGCUGGACCUACAACAAUACACGAAAUGUGUCCCCGGUGCUCAACUCCCGGAUACAAUCGAACGGACUGGCCAGCACUGUGACGUAUCUGCCGCAAACCGACUCCGAGUUAAUAACACUAGCUUGCUGGGCCAGCAAUGCGGUCGGAAGGCAAACGUCGCCCUGUCUUGUUCACAUCCUACCAGCCAAUGCACCCGAGGCGCCAAAGGCAUGCGAACUGCGCAACGAUACCAUUCUCGAGGUGGUCUGCGUGGCCGGCAGCGAUGGUGGCCUCUCCCAGUACUUUAUGCUCGAGGUCGUCGGCGGCGAUUUACUGUAUGCUAACGAGGCAGGAGCGACAGCGGCGGGAGGCAAGGGUCAAUUUGGCGAGACGAUUGGCCAGGGCGACAAUGAGAUAUCUACGCUGAAUGAUCAGGCAACAUCUGCGCCCAUCUUUCGCAUGCAGGAGAACAGUCCACAAUUUCGUUUGAAUAAUUUAGAGCCGGGACGUGAAUAUCAAUUUUUAGUUUACGCCGUCAACGCAAAGGGACGCAGCGAGCCUCCGGUGGUGAUUGAACGUGUUCGCGUGGCUGCACAACUGGGACCAUAUGAUGAAUCCAUACUCUCGGAGGAUCCGACGCCCGCGGAAACCACGCAUCAUGGCGGCGGCGGCAGCGGCGGCAGCAGCAGCAGUAGCUCAAGUGGCGUCGGCGCCGGCGCCAGCAUUGGCAGCGGGCCGGAGAAGGAGUCAACGCUGCUGAUACUUGCCACCGUUGUGGCGAUAGGCGCCGUCAUUGUGACGUCAAUUAUCGUAGCAGGCAUUGUUGUUGUCUGUCGACAUCGGCCGCGGCCACCUGAGCCACAGGAGGUGCGCAAGAGCAUGCGGCCGGCACGCAACGAUGUGCCCUCGAUGUAUAUUGAAGAGGAUGAGCUGAACGAGCUGGAGGAGGGCGGCGGACGGGCAGCGGAGAUUCGCUCACGCAUCACACCUGCCACAUCGCAUCUAUGCGGUGGUGCCGGCGGUGGCGGCGUCGGUGGUGGCGGUGGCGGUGGCAUUGUGGGCGUUGGCGGACCGCAUCAUUACAUCUCCGAGAGCUUCAUACAGUACGCGCAGCCCAGUCUAAACGGCGAUGUGCUGCUACCUUUGCUCGUUGCCGCCAGCCAACCGACCAGUCCUUAUCACCGAGCUGGCUCCAGCGCCCCACUCCACCAACCCACUGCCACAAGGUCGGAUGUGGUGGUGGCUAUGCGCCACCCAGCUGCAGCUGCAGCUCACUCUGUGCUCUGUGCAACGGAUGGCAAUGCAGCUGCCUGGCCGCCCAAAUACCCGGAUCUGAUAUUACCACGCGGCGAAUUGGAAUUUACGACCCUGGAUCCAACGCUGAAGUAAUUGUAAAAUGUAAUAAUAUCUACCGCAGUACACAUAGCUCCCAACCACCCUCCCCCCGUCUCUGCGCCAUGAUGCACUAUGAGAGCCCUGGCGUCUUUUAGCCGCACAGUAGGCAACAUAAUUCAUGGCCAUUUCAUUUUACAUAGCUGUAAAUUUUUAGCCUAAAUUUAAAUAUAUUAAUGUCAAAGGUAAAAAAACAAAAUGGAUGCAUACAAAUCAAUUUGUAUGUGUGUAUUAUGUUUGUCAGAUACGAAUCAUAAGCGAAAGGAAAAACUCUGUUUUUAUUUAAGUGUCAUACGAAAUGCAAAAGUCAAAAGUCAAAAUCAAAAAGAAAAAGAAAACCAUUACCAAAGCGGCUUUGCCACUCUAUAAAUACACUGCAAUCUUGAAACUGAAAUCAAAACAUGAAUUUUGUAAAUAUUACUAAAUGCAUACAAUACAAUCACACACACAUA